AUGGUUUUGAUAAACUGGUGGAUGGAAACAUCGUUUUCACUGCCAAAAGAUGGCGGUCCUGUUCAUGUCCAUGUAGACAUCACAGGUUUACCCUCUGAAGAUUCCUUAACCUACCAUGUCCACGAAGGAAGUGUUCCAUCUGAUGGUGACUGUGAAGCUAUUGGACCCAUUUUGGACCCUUUUGCGGGACAAGAAGUUUGUGGAGCCGAUCCUGCUCAAUGCAAGAUUGGUGAUUUAUCUGGAAAGCACAAUGAGAUUACCGGCGAAAUUUUUGAGCAAAAGUAUGUGGAUUCGUUUUUGUCGUUGGACGCAAAAGCACCAGCUUCCAUUCUUGGGAAGUCAAUUGCUUUCCACCAUUCCAACGGAACCAAGUUUGCUUGUUCAAACAUUGAAGCUGCCGCCAAGGUGAGACUUGCCAGUCUCAAAGAAGAAUACUUGGGAAGCGGUAACGACGACCUCGCAUUUCUCGAGGAGAUUGACGGACCUUUGGAGACUCUGACACCAUCGGUGGAGGAAUCCAAGGAACCUGUUAUUGCAGCCAUGAGAUCGGUUCUGUGGGAACAUGCCAAUGCCACUAAAUUUCAAAAUGUGUCGGCAUCUGCCGACUGGAAUUGCACCCACGAUGAAGAAGACACCCCAGCCGUCAAGACGAGUAUCUGUGAAGACUCUUCCGCGACUAGGAGUGUCUCUUUGAUGUCGUUGCUUUCUUUGCUUGCAUUCCUCAUCUAA